AUGAAGCAGCAGCAGCAGCAGCAGCAGCAGCAGCAGCAGCAGCAGCAGCAACAGCAGCAGGGGGAGCAGCAGCAGAGGGAGCAGCACAAGCAGCAGCAGCAGGAGGAGCAGCUGCAGCAGCAGGAACAACAGGAGCAGCCGCAGCAGCAGGAGCAGCUGCAGCCGCAGGAGCAGCUGCAGCUGCAGCAGCUGCAGCAGCAGCAGCUGCAGCAGCAGCACCUGCAGCAGCAGCAGCAGCAGACAGCAUAG